GUCAAUCAGAAUGUGGAGAUACAAAGGGCCCGUCUGCGAGAUGAUAUUAAGGAAUAUAAAUUCCGAGAAGCACGUUUGCUGCAAGACUACACAGAGCUUGAAGAGGAAAACAUCUGCCUCCAGAAACAAGUGUCUGUCCUGAAGCAAAAUCAGGUGGAGUUUGAAGGCCUGAAACAUGAAAUCAAAAGGCUUGAAGAGGAAACGGAAUUUCUCAACAGUCAGCUAGAAGAUGCCAUACGGCUGAAGGAGAUCUCUGAACGACAGCUUGAGGAGGCCCUAGAGACGCUGAAGACGGAGCGGGAGCAGAAGAACAACCUCCGUAAGGAGCUCUCUCACUACAUGAACAUCAAUGACUCCAUGUACAACAGCCACCUGAACAUCUCUUUAGACGGACUGAAGUUCAGCGACGAAGCCACAGAGCCCAAUAAUGAUGAAAUCAUGAACGGAUUUGAACAAAACUGCCUUAGCAAACUCAGCAAUGGCAAAAACAGUACAUCGACACCCAAGAAAAAUGAAAGCUUCCCUCCAGCCCCAAGUCUGGUCUCAGAUCUUUUAAGUGAACUAAACAUUUCUGAAAUCCAGAAGCUGAAACAACAGCUUGUACAGAUGGAAAGAGAAAAGGUGAACUUGUUAACAACGCUACAGGAAUCUCAAAAGCAGCUGGAAAAUACACGAGGGGCCCUCUCAGAGCAGCAUGAGAAAGUGGGCAGACUCACAGAAAACCUAAACGCAAUGAGGAAGCUGCAGGUCAGCAAGGAACGUCAGUCUGCCCUCGACAACGAGAAGGACCGAGACAGCCACGAAGAUGGAGACUAUUACGAAGUUGACAUCAAUGGGCCAGAGAUCCUGGAGUGCAAGUACAAAGUGGCUGUGGCAGAGAUUACUGACCUAAAAGAAGAGCUCAAAAAUCUUAAGGCCAAAUAUAAAGAAUGUGAGUCUAAGUAUGAGGAGGAGAAGAGCAGAUAUGAGACUGAGAGCCAAGCUCUAACUGAAAAGAUCACCUCACUAGAAAAAUCCAGUAGACAGGAUAGAGAACAGGUGGCCAGACUGGAGAAGGAGCUGAAGAAAGUCAGUGAUGUUGCUGGAGAAACACAGGGCAGCCUCAGUGUUGCCCAAGAUGAGUUAGUCACCUUCAGUGAAGAACUGGCCAAUUUGUACCACCAUGUCUGUAUGUGCAACAAUGAAACUCCAAACAGAGUGAUGCUGGAUUACUACAAGGAAGGUAAAGGUGGACACAGUAGUCCAGGGACUACUGGAAGGAAGUCUCCCAUUCUUCUUUCUAAAGGGCUCUUAACUAUAGAGCUAGGAAAGGCAGAGAAUGGAAGUGGUGACAGCAGCCCAUCUCCAGUGUCAUCUCUGCCAUCUCCUGUGUCAGAUCCUCGGAAGGAACCAAUGAACAUUUACAACUUGAUCGCCAUAAUCCGGGAUCAGAUCAAACACCUGCAAGCUGCUGUGGACAGAACAACCGAGCUGUCCAGGCAGCGUGUUGCCACUCAAGAACUUGGGCCAGUGGUGGACAAAGACAAGGAAGCUCUCAUGGAAGAAAUCCUGAAGCUGAAAUCCCUGCUGAGCACCAAGAGAGAACAGAUAGCAACUCUGAGAACUGUGCUGAAGGCAAACAAACAGACUGCAGAGGUAGCCCUUGCCAACUUAAAAAGCAAGUAUGAGAACGAGAAAGCUAUGGUUACAGAGACAAUGAUGAAACUGCGAAAUGAGCUGAAGGCUCUGAAAGAAGAUGCUGCUACCUUCUCUUCCCUCAGAGCAAUGUUUGCUACAAGAUGUGACGAAUAUGUCACACAGCUGGAUGAAAUGCAGAGGCAGCUUGCAGCAGCUGAGGAUGAGAAGAAGACUCUGAACUCAUUGCUUCGGAUGGCUAUCCAGCAGAAACUGGCAUUGACCCAGCGCCUGGAACAUUUGGAGCUAGAUCAUGAGCAGUCCAAAAGGGUGCGCACAAAAUCUGCUUCCAAAGCCAAGAGCGGUAACCCUAGUCUGUAGAGUAGUCCCUGGAGAAGGCAACAGUGCAACAGCAUUUCUUAGCCUCUUUUGUUAUUGUUUAAAGUGGUAGACCAUUGCAAAAAGAAUGGAAACCACUGACCCGAUCCUAACUUUUGAAAACACCUUUUCCUAUAUACUACCUGAGACUUUCCUUUAUGUCUGAAGCUAUAAAACAAACAAGCUUUACCUGUAAGUGCUGCUGCAGUAAGAAAACUUACAAGUGCUGAAGAAACCUACUUCAAAUGUAAUGAUCACCGUAUUAGUUUAUGAUCUACUAAAAAAGUUCAGAUGGGGGAAUUUCUUAUCUCAUUGCUGAUGCUCAUUUUUUUAUCUGAUUGUUAAACCUGUGCACUUUUGAUAUUUUUCUUUAGCUUCUUUAAUUCCUUAUGUAAAAGAGUUUAUAUAAAUGCAGUUGUUUGUGCUCACAGUCUCCAGUUUGGGUUGUGAUUCUUGAAUUCUACAUCAGCAUGUGGUGGAGAUUUUGGGAGGGCUCUAGAUUGUGAUUAGAAAAGAAUUUCAACAAGAAAUAGGACCUCUGCUAAACUGUGUGCUGUGCUUCAGAAUCUUUUUUAUUAUUAUAAAAUGUUAAGCUUUUUAUGUUUAAAUUACUGAUUUUUUUU